UGAAAGAGCCAGGGUGGGUGACUUCAGGCUGAGUGGUGAAUUCCUGGCACGAUGGGGCCAGCGGGAGACUGCUGGCUGAUGAGAGGAGGGGCGGUCCCUGAGGGAGGCCCCCAGGAGUUGGAGAUUCGCUGCGUUCCUGGGCGGACGGGAGGGCCCAGAGGAGACGGGCGGAGAGGAGGCUGCUAAGCCCCGUGCCAGUAACCGGCCCGGCCAGCUUGCUGCAGGAUGAGGCUGCUCGCAUGGGCUCUCCGCCUCUGUGAGCUCAGCGGGCAGGGUGCUCCCGGAAGGCCAGUCAGUGCCCGGGUGUGUCUGGGGCUCAGGAUCUCCAAGGGGCCAAGGGAGAGAUGCUGGGCUUCCAUCCGGGCUGUUGGCACCAGGUCUGAUCUGCCAUCUCAUCCCUGUGUCGCUACAAGGAUCAUGCGACCAGACGACGCCAACGUGGCCGGCAACGUCCACGGAGGAACCAUCCUGAAGAUGAUCGAGGAGGCGGGGGCCAUCAUCAGCACCCGGCACUGUAACAGCCAGAACGGGGAGCGCUGCGUGGCCGCCCUGGCCCGGGUGGAGCGCACCGACUUCCUGUCACCCAUGUGCAUCGGCGAGGUGGCGCACGUCAGCGCCGAGAUCACCUACACCUCCAAGCACUCUGUGGAGGUCCAGGUCAACGUGAUGUCCGAAAACAUCCUCACAGGUACCAAAAAGCUGACCAAUAAGGCCACCCUAUGGUACGUGCCCCUGUCGCUGAAGAAUGUGGACAAGGUCCUGGAGGUGCCUCCGGUCGUGUACUCCCGGCAGGAGCAGGAGGAGGAGGGCCGCAAGCGCUACGAGGCCCAGAAGCUGGAGCGCAUGGAGACCAAGUGGAGGAAUGGGGACAUCGUCCAGCCCGCCCUGAACCCAGAGCCGAACACGGUCAGCUACAGCCAGUCCAGCCUGAUCCACCUGGUGGGGCCUUCCGACUGCACCCUGCACGGCUUUGUGCACGGAGGUGUCACCAUGAAGCUCAUGGACGAGGUGGCCGGGAUCGUGGCCGCCCGUCACUGCAAGACCAACAUAGUCACAGCUUCUGUGGACGCCAUUAACUUUCACGACAAGAUCAGAAAAGGCUAUGUCAUCACCAUCUCUGGGCGCAUGACCUUCACGAGCAAUAAGUCCAUGGAGAUCGAGGUCUUAGUGGAUGCCGACCCCGUGGUGGACAACUCCCAGAAGCGCUACCGGGCCGCCAGUGCCUUCUUCACCUACGUGUCCCUGAGCCAGGAGGGCAAGUCUCUGCCUGUGCCCCAGCUCGUGCCCGAGACUGAGGACGAGAAGAAGCGCUUUGAAGAAGGCAAAGGGCGGUACCUGCAAAUGAAGGCGAAAAGGCAGGGCCAGGCGGAGCCACAGGCCUAGACAGCCCCUCCUGCCGCCAGAGCCUGGAGCAGCCCCCAGCGUCUGAUCGUUUAGAAGUUCCCCCUUGGCCAAAAACCCAGUUCACGUUGACAGCUGGUGUCGUGUGAAGUGUUUGUCUUGCAGUGUUAACCUGUACUCUCUCCUGAAAACCUGUACACCAAAGCUUUAUUUAUAUCAUUCCAGUGUAAAUGCUACAGUGUUGUCCCGACGCCCCAAGGCAUUCCCUGGAAACCCUAGGGAACUACCUGGGUGCACUGUCAGGUAUGUGAAGAAUCCAGCAUCACUAAUAAAGCUACUGUUUGGCUGGA